CUAUUAGCUCAAAAAAUAAAGAAAAAAUACUAAAAAAAAAAAACUAUAAAACAUAAAAGAAGUAAGUCCAAAUUUCUCUCCGUCACAUAUCUCAGCGGACAAAGCCCAAGCUACUGUUGCAUAAGAGACUCCGAACCUACUUUGAUUCCUUCACCUCCAGAGACAGCAAAUAUUCACCCUUUUCAACUCUCUUACGCCACUUUCCUUCCUUGGAGUACAUUAUUAAUUAUAUCAUUCCAGCAAAGUUCCAGCCUUUCAGACAGGGAGUGACCGGAUCCCAGAAUAUCCAUCCCAUCAAACCCAGUUUUCCCAACUACCUCUUGAUUUAGUCCCUAUUUGUGUGAUUUUUAACCAAAACCCUCCAGUCAAACCAAAUCAAGAUUGAAUUUUUUUUUUUGGCUUAAUUUAUUACAAAGUUUCUGAUCAGGUGAUUCAAGUGAUCAACUUUCUCAGUUUCGCUUUUUCUUUUUUUGUCUUAAAAGAGAUGAAUUUCAGGAGCUUGGAGGAGUUUUGGGCUUUUUAUGUGAAUGAGCACUCAAAACCAGCUACAAGGCGCUGGCACUUUGCAGGCACACUCUCGAGUAUUCUAGUAUUGAUAUAUUCUGUGCUGUUUAAUUGGUGGUUCUUGGUCUGUGUGCCCAUAUUUGGUUAUGGACUUACCUGGUACAGUCAUUUCUUUGUGGAAGGGAAUGUUCCCGCCACUUUUGGGCAUCCAUUUUGCUCCCUUUUAUGUGAUUUCAGGAUGUUUGGAUUGAUGCUUACUAGGAAAAUGGAUAGAGAGAUCAAGAGGCUAGGAAAGAGACCUCUCUUACAGGGCUUCUAAGGUUCUCAUGUAAGACUUUUUCUAUUUAAUUCAUGAUACAAUUACUUGUUAUCUGUUUUUCAAGAUGCUGUAGGCUCUAGUUAAACUCAUGUUGAUUACAUCUUGCUUCUGAUAAUGUUUAAACACGUUUUUCUUAAAUUUAUGAUGAAUAAUUGAGUAGAAUUCCUUGAUGACUGCAAUAAUUAUUUGACUCGGAUGAUUGUCGGUGUAAGCAUAAUUGUGGUCUUUCUGAGUGAUAG